AUGGACAAAGAGAACAUUUCAGAGUGCAUUUUAGGAGGAAAAAAAUCUUCUGAAAAUUCAAAGAUUCCAACCGAAGUUAGGCAAGUGGGUCAAGUUAGUCAAACCAUAAUAAUGGAUCCAUCGCUCCUUUGGUCCAGCAAUAACUGGGGGCAGAAUGAAGCAACCUCAAAAUGUCUACGUUCCAUUCAUGAUGGCCUUCUUGGAGUGGUUUGGAGGAGUUCUGAGGUAGAAAAACAAUGUGGAAACUCAAGGUUUCGGAAGGCAAUGAUCCAUGGCUUAAAAGUACAAUUUUGGGAGUUUGAUCCUUAUCUUGGAACUUCAGAAGAGAUAGCUGAAGUGGAAAAUUAUCGAAAUGAGUUUACGAAAAACCGGUUUCGAAUCAAACACAGUUCUGAUCUUCUAAUGAGAUUUCAGUUUGCAAGGGAAAAUCCAUGUGAGAAGAUGGAGCUGUCUAUGGUGAAAGUAGAAAGCGAAGAAGAAAUCACUACGGAAGUGGUGGAUACCACAUUGAGAAGAGCCUUGCAAUUUUAUUCAACUCUGCAGUCGGAGGAUGGAUUCUGGCCUGGUGAUUAUGGUGGCCCUUUGUUUCUUCUACCAGGCUUGGUAGGUUCUUGA